AUGGUCAAGUCAUCGAUGACCAGCAAAAAAGUUGAAUCUAGCUCCAGUUCCACAUCUUCAGCUCUGGAACAAGUUCAGUCGCUCCAGCAAGCUCUACUCUCAUCCUCAGACCUCAACCCGCUCUCUGACCUCCUUUCACUCUCCAAGAAGCUCGCCAAAGCCAACACCGAACGCACACCAAAACAGAGCAAGGAUGCAGCGAUCGCUUUGCACCGAGCAGCACUUGUCCUCGUACGCUCAAUGAAGGCGUUAUGUGGCGAAGACAGGAUCCCUUUCGACAAAGACAUCGACAAAGACGGUUACAUCUUGUCCUAUGGCGCUAAAGCAAGCAACAAGCAAGCCGAAACCGCCACAUCCGGGAAGGCAAGAGAAGCAUUGAACAAGGUGCAGGACUGGAUCAGGAUGCGUUGGAAUGAGACCCUCGAGUUGCUUUGCGGUUUGCUAGGACACGAGGUGGAAGGGUUGCGAUUCGAGGCAUUGCAGAUGCUGGUUGAGCUUCAGACUUCGGCUUCUUCUUCGCUCACACGGAUCGUUGCAGCUGCUUCUGCUGCAAAGGCUAGCGCGAGGAACGGAUCGGGGAACAAGAAAGACAAUGCUGGCGGCGCUCCAGAGUUGAUAAUUUCUACUCCUGCACUCUGGUCUGCUUCACCCUGGCGAGCACUAACUCUGGCACUUAUUGCGGGACCACCCAGUCUGAACAAGAUCGAAAACGGAGAAGCGGGUACACGACACAAAGUGUUGCGAGUGGAAUCAGGCGUUCCCGAGGACGUGCGUACGAAGUUCGUCCAGAGCGGAUUGGAGGAGUAUGACGAUGUCCGAUUUGCCACUCUCCGGGAGAUCUCGCAUGCUCUUCAUAAACCUUCGCCUAGUGUUGCAGGGAAUACCCAACUUCGCGCUCACACAUUGGCGUUGCUGAUCCAGCUCACAGCUAUCCCAACCACAGCUGAUGAUUUGAACAACUUCCUUGUUGAGGAGCUAUCAAUCCCACCUUUGGGUAGUGCUGGAAGGAAGAAGAAGAAGAGCAAGAAAGCUAGUAACGGCACCAAAAAUCUCUCCGUGGUUGAUGAUGGCGAUUCGGACGAAGCUCCAGAGGAGGAGGAAGAUGAUAUGGAAGGCUGGUUCUCAGACUCUGACGACGAAAGAACCGGUGCUACCGCAGGGGAGCAACGCAAAGCAGCCGAUAAAAAGGCCGUUGGUGGUCUCGGUGCCGCCGCUCGCUCCGCCUCCUCUUCUAACAAGCGAAAGAGGAGAUCACUUCACGAAGCACUUCACAACCUCUCAGCUCAACGUUCGGCUUUCUCUUCUGCUUGGACCAACCUCCUCCUUCCUCGACGACACACUGCAAAAUCUGCAACCGCUGCUGGUGUUCCUGCGAACAGCCUCAUCGGUGGAGAUCUCAGCUUGGCUGCAACUCACGAAGUGCUUGUCCGACUCCACGCGCAAAUUCUGCCUCAUCUCACCAAGCCAACCCUGCUCCACGACUUUCUUGUGUCAUGCCUGGACUCGCGCGGAGCAACAGCCCUCUUGGCGCUCAACGGAAUCUUCACGCUCGUCACCAAACAUAACCUUGACUAUCCCCAAUUCUACAACCGCUUAUACUCUAUGCUAGACGCCUCAGUACUCCACAUGAAGUACCGAGCUCGCUUCUUGAGGUUACUCGAAACGUUUCUCUCCUCCACCCAUCUUUCUUCCACGCUCGUCGCAUCUUUCGCCAAACGUCUUUCACGACUCAGUCUCCGCGCACCCCCUGCAGCAAUCGCCUCCGUCGUUCCAUUUGUAUACAACCUCCUCAAGCGUCAUCCCAGAUGUCUUUCCAUGGUGCACAAAGAAUGGGAUGGUGACAGACUCAACAUUGGCCCCGCGGGAGUUUCUGACCCGUUCAACCCCGACGAGAAGGAUCCGCUCAAGACUAACGCUCUUGAUAGUUCGCUCUGGGAACUCGCAUCGUUUGGAGCUGCUGCGGUGGCGAAAGGGAACAGUGGUGGGCCGAGUAUGGGUGCAGAUGGAGCAAGUGUUGUGCCCGGAGAAGCGCAUUAUCUUGGAUCGGUGACUAGUUUGGCUAGGAUUUUGGCUGAACCAUUUACAAGGGAGAGAUAUAGCUUGGAUGACUUUUUGGACAUUACUUACGCAACGCUGUUUGAGACUGAGACGAAGAAGACUCUCAAGCGUCCGGCGAGGCAGGGUGAUGCACCGCGGAAGAAAUACCUCCCUGCGCUGGUUUAUUCGUUGCCGGGUGGGUUUGGUGCUGGUGGAUCAACCGAUGUUACUAAUUGUAAUAAUGUCGAUAUCUUCCCCUCCGAAAGCGGCAGAGCUCGGGCGAAGGAAUCGCUCGCAAAAGCACAGAGAGAGGAAGAAGAGGAGAUCAAGAGGGAUCGUGAAGAAAGGAAGCGUAAGCUAGGUAUCCAGGGAGACGAGGAGGAGGAUGAGGAUGAGGAUGAGGAGGAAAGAGAAGCAAGGGAAGCGAUUGAAGAGUUGAAGAGAGAGGAAAGAGCUAAGAAAAGGAAAGUGGAUCAGACCGGUGCACAUGAUGUUUGUGCGAUCUUGUUCAGCUUUGCUUGA